AAAAAAGCAGUAUAGUUUUGUUGCUUGAUUUUAAUAAUUUAAUGUCGUUCCAAGAAUCUCAACAUCCAAAAAGGGCAAAUUACCCAAAUUCUCAAAUUAAAAAAAAAAUUACAUAUAAAUCGGGCAAGCAAUUUUAUAGACAAAUCGCGUUUCCCAACACUUAUUAUACCCAAGGCGGCCAAAUUUUUAAUUUGUUUGUAGUCAACCAAAAGCUGAGCUAAUAGUGAUUAGAGUCUCGCUUUUUUCCAUUAAAAGAAAAGCUGAGCUCCAAUGCCGUCUUUUCACUUCUCUACCAUUCCGCAAUAACGACUGUUUGGCUGUGGUUUUCUCUAUUGUUUAUAUCUUUUUAUUUGAUCUGGAUCGUUCUUAGAUUUUCCGAUCAGUGAAUCUGUGAAUGAAUCGCAGCUGACGUAGAUAGAUGGAGAAAGUGAUUUUAGAGCGAAAGGAUGCAGUUGAUUGGGUCUACAGAGGAGAAGGGGCUGCUAAUCUUGUUCUCGCUUACACUGGAUCAUCUCCAACAUUUAUUGGGAAAGUGAUGCGAAUACAAAAGUCACAACGGAACGGCAAAAAUGGAGUGAACGGAAACGGAGCUUUAACAACGCAUGAACGGCUUCUUUGGCGAGAAAAUAAGGAGCUAACAGCGUCGCCAAACAGAGAGAUUGUAGAGCAACUUUACGUCAAACAUGUCAUGAGCCCAUUGUUAGGCCCAACACAUGUCGAUGCCGGGAUGCGUGUUCUUGUUUCUAAGGAAUUCCUUGAGUCUGUUGAGAAGAAUGUGACUUGUCAACGGCCUGCUUGGCGAGUUGAUUCAUCCUUGGUUGAUGUAAAUCGUGAUUCUGCGCUCAUCAUAUCGGAUCAUUCAAUCUUUCCCAAUGGUGCCCUUAAAGGUGGACCAUGUAUAACUGUUGAGAUAAAGCCUAAAUGCGGAUUUCUCCCAAUCUCAAGAUUCAUAGCUGAAGAAAAUGCUGUUAAAAGAACCAUAACUCGGUUUAGAAUGCACCAAGCACUCAAGUUGCAGAAACAAGAGAUAUCAGAAUGUAGUGAAUAUAAUCCACUGGAUCUAUUCUCUGGAUCCAGAGACAGGAUAUGUAAAGCUAUCAAAGCUCUAUAUGCCACCCCUCAGAACAAUUUUCGUGUAUUUUUGAAUGGUUCUCUUGUAUUCGGGGGCUUGGGUGGUGGAACAGACAGCACUACUGUUCUGGUUGGUGAGGCCUUUGAAGAUGCACUUAAGAAUGUCAUUCAGGCAGAUAAUGGCCUGCGCACUGCUAGUUUUAUACAGCUUGUUACUGAGACAGUUUAUACUUCUGGAGUAUUAGAUCAACUUCUCGAAGUUCAGAAACUCGAUACUUAUGACAUUGAAGGGGCAAUUCAUGCUUAUUAUAACAUAAUUUCUCAACCUUGUAUGGUUUGUAGAGAAUUGGGUAAAAACAAAUUAUCACACCGCUAUGCCUCUUUGCACUCCAUUCCAUUGGAUGAAAGCUUGAAGAUUGUGAAGGACUAUCUAAUAGCUGCAACUGCAAAGGACUGUAGUUUGAUGAUUAGUUUUAGACCAAAGGAAGAUGGAGAUUUACGAUCAGGAUCUUCUCACAAUGCUGUAUAUCUAGGAUCAACUAACCAAGUUUUUGAGUACAAGGUGUAUUUCAUUGAUCUGGAUUUGAAACCUUUGAAGAAAAUGGAGGACUAUUACGAGUUAGAUAAGAAGAUUCUCAGCUGCUAUUCUGUCAAAACUGAGCAUAAAGCAGAUGCUGCUGUUAGAAUUGACACCCAUGGAAGUUUAUUGAGAUAAAAGAUAUGUGUUAGAAGGCAGUUUGUUUACUGAAGGUUCUACUGGAAUUUAACAUAAUAAACUUCUUAGAACAACAGCUUGAGUUAUGCAUGGAAAGGACAUUAAGAGCAUGUGAAGGGGGCCUUGAUUUUUGGAUUACAAUAAUGUUCACAUCCGUUCAACAAAGUGGUGGUUCUUUCUAGACAGCAUGAAGCUCUGUUGUCUCUUUGAUUUUGCAUUAAUCUUCUGUGCGAGGUUAGCAUUGACAAUGGUCUCCUGAGCCAUAAGCCUGUAACUCAAACAAGAAUUUGAUUUGAAGAUAUAACCUCUUGGUGAAAGCUCUACAAUGUUUUGGGGAAUAGCAUAUGUGUGAAAUCAGAAUGAUUCUAACUCUUCUUCAUUUGAAGUUUCACGCUUGGUAAAAUUAUUCCCCUUUGGAUACUUUGUAUUUGAAGUUUUGCAGACUUUUUGUCCAAUCAGAGCUGGAGAGCUGGAGAUUUCAGUUCUAAAGUGCUUGGACCAUUGGAGGAAGGUCCCCCGGUUUCUUAAAGUUAUAUGUCUGCAAUUGCGACACAUUUUUGGCUUGCCAG